UACAAACGACAUAACCGCAAAGUACAAAAGUUUUGAGUUUAUUUUUUUUAAUUUCUUAAUCAAAUCUUGCUUUUUUAUCAAGAUACCAAGUUAAUCAAACCUUUUAUUUUAUAAACUUAUUAUCAAUUUACUGAAAACCUAAAAAUGGGGCGCAAAGUUGUGGUAGCAGUAUGUACAUUAAAUCAAUGGGCAUUGGAUUUUGAAGGGAACUUAAAUAGAAUCUUACAGUCUAUUCAAGAAGCUAAAGAAAUGGGCGCACUCUAUAGAACAGGACCUGAAUUAGAAGUAUGCGGAUAUAGUUGCGAGGAUCACUUCCAUGAGCCAGAUACUUUUCUCCAUAGCUGGCAAGUGCUAGCAGAAUUGCUAAAAUCUGCUACUUGUAAGGAUAUACUUAUAGAUGUUGGCAUGCCAGUCCAGCACCGAAAUGUAUCAUACAAUUGCCGAGUUGCAUUUCUUAAUAAAAAAAUCUUACUAAUAAGACCAAAGAUGAUAUUAUGUGAAGAUGGAAACUAUAGAGAGACUCGAUGGUUUUCUUGUUGGACUAAAGAACGACAAGUAGAGGAUUAUUAUUUACCUCGAAUGAUCACAUCUAUAACUAAUCAGACUGUGGUACCAAUUGGUGACGCAGUUAUUUCUACUAGAGACACGUGUAUUGGUUUUGAAAUAUGCGAAGAGUUGUGGAAUCCUCAAAGUCGCCAUAUUCCUUUAAGUUUGGAUGGUGUAGAAAUAAUAUCGAAUGGUUCCGGCAGUUAUAUGGAAUUGCGUAAAGCAUACGUAACCGUAGAUCUAGUUAAAAGUGCUACAUUUAAAAGUGGAGGUGCCUAUUUGUUUAGUAAUUUGCGAGGAUGCGACGGACAACGAAUCUAUUUCAAUGGAUGUUCAUGUGUGGCUGUUAACGGAGAGAUCGUUAGUCGAGGACUACAAUUUGCACUACACGAUGUUGAAGUGAUAACUGCCACGAUAGAUCUAGAAGAUAUCCGUUCAUAUCGUACACAAAUUAGUUCCCGGUCGCAUUUAGCUGCCGCAAAUGCUCCAUUUCCUCGAAUAUCUGUUGACUUCGCUUUAUCCGAUGACGAAGAUAUAUAUCUUACAAUCAGUCCACCCGUUGAGUGCAAAUAUCUUACCCCUGAAGAAGAAAUCGAACUAGGUCCAGCCUGUUGGCUAUGGGAUUAUUUACGAAGGUCAGGUCAGGGAGGAUUUUUCCUGCCUCUAAGUGGAGGGGUUGAUUCGACUAGCACAGCUUGUAUUGUUUUCUCCAUGUGUACACAGAUUUGUGAUGCUGUUCAGAAAGGAGAGAGCCAAGUUUUGUAUGACGUAAGAAAGAUUCUCUGUCAAUCUGACUACACGCCAUCUGAUCCAAUGGAGCUAUGCAAUAGGCUGCUAGUCACCUGUUACAUGGCUUCAGAGAACUCUAGUCAAGAGACUAAGCAAAGAGCCUCACAGCUUGCCAAUGAAAUAGGUAGUUAUCAUUUUCCUAUUGUGAUAGACUCAGCAGUCAGUGCCGUUAUUGGUAUAUUUACAACUGCAACCGGCCUUGUACCUAAAUUUAGAAGUAAGGGAGGUUGCCCUCGGCAAAAUCUGGCCCUACAGAACAUUCAGGCUCGUCUUCGAAUGGUUUUAUCGUAUCUGUUCGCACAGUUGAUGUUAUGGGUGCGAGGAAGGCCGGGUGGAUUACUUGUGUUGGGUUCUUCGAAUGUCGACGAGGCAUUACGAGGAUAUAUGACCAAGUACGAUUGCUCAAGUGCUGACGUCAAUCCUAUCGGUGGAAUAUCUAAAACCGAUUUGAAGUCUUUCCUACAUUAUGCUAAAAGCCGAUUUUUCUUGCCAUCACUGUCUGAAAUCUUACAAGCGCCACCUACAGCUGAGUUGGAACCCUUAUCGGAUGGCCAGAUCACUCAGACCGACGAACAGGACAUGGGAAUGACGUAUGCGGAGUUAUCAGAGUUUGGGCGUCUGAGAAAAACGUUCCACUGUGGACCGUUUAGUAUGUUCCAAAAACUUGUACAUGUUUGGAGUAACAAAUGUACUCCACAGGAGGUCGCGGAAAAGGUAAAGCAUUUCUUCCGCUGCUACGCCAUUAACCGCCAUAAAAUGACGGUGCUGACUCCAUCAUAUCACGCCGAGACGUACAGCCCCGACGACAACCGCUUCGACCAUCGGCCCUUCCUCUACCGCGUGCACUGGAACUGGCAGUUUAAGACGAUCGACGACGCUGUAGCACAAAUGACUAAAGACAAACGUAUCAAACUAAGCGAUUCUACUACAGUACAAGAGGUUUCGGGCUCCAACACAAAUAUCGCGGCACACUUUAAUAUGCGACGAGACAGGAAGGGAGUACUUAUUUAAAUAUAUUAUAGUCAUAUAACAAUAUGUAAAAGUUAUGUUAUAAUAUAUAGUCUAUUCCAAUCGACGGAGUAAAGAUAAACAAACGAACUUACAUUUACGCUUAAAAGUUCUGCUAUAUUAUUCAAUACAAACAGUACUUGGUUAAUAUAUGUUUAAUCCUCUUAUAUCCACUUGGCGAUAGCAAUUUUUUUUUUCACGAAUUUAAAUUUCGAACAAUGAUAUCGCGUCAAUUUAAUGUCUGAAUAUUUUUUUUGUGUUUACUCCCGUGAUUAAAAUAAGUAACAAUACGUAAGAGUAGUUUGGAAUUAAGUAUAUAUAGUGAUUAGUAUAUUGCUUUCAAUUUGGUUGAAUAUAAGGGUAUUUUUGUUUACUGAUUUAUUAUAUUUUUUUACUCAAGUUCAAGCCAUUACUAGUAUGUAUUUUCGGUAAACUUAACACUUAAUAAGACUAUUAAAUGAUUGUUGUAUUUGAUUUUUACUAGUAUGUUGUUAUUGAUUUUGUUUAAUUAUAAUAUACAGAUUAUAAAUUAUACUAAUUUAAGUAAUCCGGUGCAAAAUACUCCUAUAUAAAGUGAUAUGUGAUGUUGUAAAAAAUAACAUUGUUAUGCACAAAUUAAAAAAUGCUAUAUAUUUAUAAAAUUUAUUUAUAUAAAUAACAUAAAAUAUAAUUUGAUUUUCAUUAUUUUUUAUUCGCUCCAAAUAAUAAAUAAUUAUAGUCGAUUUUCCAAAACAUGUUAACUAUUUGCCACAAUAAUAUUAACCAUAAAACAAUAUCGUGAACGAAUGAAGCAUCUGGAGCCGAACUAGGAAAUCUGUAUUUUAAUUAACAGCGCCAAA